AUGGCAUAUGAAAGCAAAAGAAAAGUGCAAUCAAUCAUAUUGUGGACGAUAUUUUAUGCUCUACAAUUUCAGGUUCGUUUCAUAUUUGCCAGGCAGCUGCAUAAUGAAACAGGAGCACCAGCUCAAUCUCCAGUUCCCAGUCCUUCAUCCUACUAUUUCUUAGUAGAAGGAGAUCCUCUUGAAAAUGGGUUUAUUCGUGCUACAGUGCAAGUGGGAAACGGUUUAAAACAAUUCUUUCUUGAUAUUGACACUGGCAGUGACCUUACAUGGAUUACUUGUUCCCCUGCUAAAAUUAAGUUUCUAAAGCCUUUUAGCAUAUACCCAACCCCAAAUGGUCCUUAUGUGACCAACAACAAUUUCGUGUCAUGCGUGGAUGCCUCCAUAUGUGGAUUCGUAGAAAAACCAGUAAAUCCACAAUGUAGUGUGCAAAAUCAACAAUGUGAUUAUCAGGUUGAAUAUGCAGACCAUGGUACAACUCUCGGUGUACUGGUUAACGACACAUUCUUAUUCUCUUCCUCCUUAAAGGGCAAUCCACUGCAAUCCACCACCAGUCUCACCUUUGGGUGCGGAUAUCAUCAAGAAUUUUCUCCUUCACUUCAUCCUCCUUUUGCAGAUGGAGUCCUAGGCCUAGGCAGUGGCAAAACAAGCAUUUUGUCACAGCUAAGUGAACAAGGUCUUAUUAAGAAGGUUAUGGCCCUUUGCUCGAGUGAUAAAUUUGGCCCUGGAUAUCUUGUCCUUGGAGAUUCUCUAUCAAACUCACCAGACAUUAUGUGGAGUUCACUGUUGAACAAUCAUGUUGAGCCAAAUUUGCUUGGCCCUGCAGACCUCUAUUAUGAAGAUAAUCUUCUUGCAUCGGGGCUGCAAUUUUUGUUGGAUAGUGGGACUACUUACAGCUACUUCAGCCCUGAAAUAUACCAACCUGUUCUUUCUCAGGUGAAAGAAUUGGCAGCCAAGGUGGGAACCCCAGUUAUGGAUCCGUAUCUUCCUGUCUGCUGGAAACCUAUGACAUCUUCUGAUGACUUCUUGGACUCUUUUUGGUCCAUGUAUUUGAGCUUCACCAGUGAUGAUGAUGUCAAUUUUGAACUAGCACCGUUUGACUAUCUUACUAUUAGUCCUCAUGAUAAUGUGUGCUUGGGGAUCCUAGAAAGCCAGGAACUUGGACCGGCUGUUGAAAACCUGAACAUAAUUGGAGAUCUUCCUCAGCAACAGAGGUUGGUGAUUAAUGACUACGAAAACCAGAAAAUUGGUUGGAACGUGGUUGCGGAUUGCAGCAAUCUACCAGCGCAGCUUUCUUCCACAGGCUCUGAUAUGAUUCCUGCUAAAAAGAGAAAUGGAAAAUCGCAGAAGGGAAAAGAUCUCAGUCGUAACGGAAAAAAUAGCGCGUAUAGCAAACCCAAACGAUCCUUUCCAAUUGAUAUCAGCUUCGUUUUCAAGAUGAAGAAGCCGCCUGAAAUUUGGGUUAAGUUGAUCAAUGAGUUGGCUGACAUUGAAUACAGGUUGACUUUUGCUUGCAAUGAUAAGUUGCAGCUCGGAACACUGCCUAUCAGUCGCCGGCUCAAGGAAAGAAAGCCAGCUAGCCCUUAUAUAGUAUACGAAAGUCAAGUAGUAACUUCCGGAGUGAAUGUGUGCAUCAAGGCAAGAAAGCCAGCUAGCCCUUAUAGUGGUAAACCAGAAGAGAGAUCGGAGUGUAGGAAGACCAUGAGCGGUAAGGUUUUCAUUCUAAAUUCUGUAACGGAAAAAGUUUAG